CGAAUCAAUAACGCGGUUGUUGCCACCACGCGGUCGCCGUAUUCCGCCGCCGGGUUUGUAGGACUUCCCCGGAAAAGACGAGCUUGACGAGGGCUUCAUUUCACGCCCCUCGAGGCCGUCGGGACAAAGAUGUUCGUUAGAGGGAAUCCUUAAGCGCGGCAAAGCGGCUGUCCAGAGGCGUAGUACAGGGGAGCCGACCGGAGAAAAACUGCCUUGGUUUGAAACUUGUGGGCUAGAGGAGGAGGAGGAGGAGGAGGAGCAGGAGGAGGGCGCGCGAGUGUGCCAGUGGGGCAGAGCGGCGCCGGGAGCAGCAGUGAGCAGCAGCAGUGGCUAGGUGACCUCCCGCCGGCAGGAACACGUGACGCCUUCCUCCAACCUCCCCUGUAGAACAUCGUGACAUUUUUAUUCCGAUACUCGCACAUCCCUCCCACUGCUGCCGCCCUCGCACCCUCUCCCUCGCUGCGUGUCCCCUGGCCCUGUGUUCCCUUCCGCGUCCCGCCACCAGCGUCCCCCCCACCGACAGGAGCUCCGGGCGGUGUAGUGAGGACGCCGGGCUGGAGCUGCCGACGCGUGGAAAGAAGUUUGUUAGGAGUGAAUUCGAGAGACGGAGAAGGAAACUUGUGGCGCCGAGUUGUCUGUCUGUCUGUCCUGAACGGUGGACUCCGAGGGGAAGGUGAGGUGGUGCUCGGGGGAGUGUGACGUGAAAGUGCGUGGGAGGACAGUGCGUUUCUCCGUGUCACCUUCGUCGUCGCCUCGUCCUCUCGUCCGCCGCACCUCCGCGCUGCCUCACCAGGAAGACGCUCAAGGCUUGUCUUGGGUCCAAGUGGAGGCGGGUGCGGCGCCGGCGGUCACCGACCAGCGGUCCGGCGGGGGAUGGGUUGUGGGCGGCGUGGUUUCUGAGGCGGCUGAAUCUUGGAGAGCAGCCAGGGGCGCACCGAGCACCAGCGGCACCACUGACCUGAAUGCCAGGUCCAGGAGAGGACCUGAACCACGGACGAGCUGCUGUAAAGGCGUGCAGGCAAGGCCAAGGACACCGCGUACAUAGAUGAGUUUCCCCGAGGAGUGAGUCGAAACCAGCCACUGACGAGACCCGCCCGGGCUGCCUGCCGAGGGCGUGCUGCACACCGCCGCCCUUCACGGAGUUGGGAAAAACGCCAGCUUCGCCAGGAUGACCCGCUACGCUGCCCUGCCGGACCCCGAGGUGGGCGUGUGGCUGCGGCUGUACAUCUACGGGCUGCACGGCUUUCUGAUUGAGAUCCUCUUCACGGCCGUGUGGGACUUCGUGUUGCACAGGGACUGGGCACUCGUGGGAAGCACAAGCGUGUGGUCCCUCUUCAUUUACGGCGUGGGCAGUCUGGUGGUGGAACAGCUGUACAGGCGCUUCCACACCUCCCUGCCGCUGCUGCUGCGAGGACUCUGCUACGUCGCCUGGAUCUACGUGUGGGAGUUCUCGACAGGCCUCAUCCUGCGGCAGUAUGGCGCCUGUCCCUGGGAUUACACGGAAAGGAACUACAACCUGCUGGGCCUCAUCACCCUGGAGUACUUCCCCGCCUGGUACCUCGCCUCAGUCCUCACCGAGCAGUUUCUCAUCCACAACCUCCUGUUCCUCUCCCUCUACUCCCAGGACUCCCACAACCGUCUCCACCACAAGGGAUAGGAGAGGGCGGUGUGCGGAGAUGGUGUCUGUACAGCACCUCUGACUCCGGCGAGGUGAAAUGGGUAUAUAACGGGAGGCCUUUCUCUGUUAAGCGUUAGUAGGCGACCGUCUCUUGUUCCCUAGGCAGAAAUUCAUUCUUCAGAGUCUAUUUUUGGACCGCGACUGACUAACUGUGUUUUAGUGGCGAGAUCGUUUCGUGUUCUUGUUGAAGAUUUUAAGACUUUACAAAAAAAUAUUAGGGAAACUAACCCCCCCUUUUAGACUUCACGAUGGUUGAUAUUCGCUUGCGUUUUUACGUCACGAAGGAAGGGCACUUGUUGUAUACUAUGUUUCCUCGGCUGCUGUGGCGGGGAGGCGAUCCCGGACAGAAGGUUUAAGUGAGAGUACGUAUGGAUGUUGGUCGGCUGUGAGCUGAUUUUUUAAGUGAAGUAAUCGUUACUUUUGAUGUUAUUAUUACUUUUUUUUUAUUUUUUUAUUAUUAUUAUGAAUAUAUAUACGAGACCAGGAAUGUUGGCUGACUCGUGACCCAGAUUUUUUAUGUCGUGUAAUUGUUCAUAUUAUUAUUAUUAUUAUUAUUAUUAUUAUUAUUAUUACUAUUAUUAUUAUUAUUAUUAUUAUUAUUAUUAUUAUUAUUAUUAUUAUUAUUAUUAUCAUUAUUAUUAUUAUCAUUAUUAUUGUUAUUAUUAUUAUUAUUAUUUUAUUCUUAUUUUUUAUCAUUAUUAUCAUCAUUAUCAUCAUCAUUUGUCAGGCUGGCGGUGGCGCGGGUGGCGGCGGCCUUCAGUGCCUCAUUCAGAGCAGACGCUGAGUCAGGGGGAUUUACAAAAACUCAGUGCACGGUCAAUAUUUUCCGGAGAUAUAUACGAUUUAUGUAUUUUUUUUUUUUUUUACGCAUGAGAGAGAGAGAGAGAGAGAGAGAGAGAGAGAGAGAGAGAGAGAGAGAGAGAGAGAGAGAGAGAGAGAUUUAUCGACUCAAUUCAGAUAAAUUCUCUAGCCAUAUCUAAAUACAUUCCUAAUUUAACCUCAUCAAUGUACAAGUUGUGUUGCGCUGUAUUGCACAGUAGUCACCACGACUUGAUGAUUCUACCUAACCGGGAUGAAGAAAUCACCAAGCACCAAGUUUUCCCUGUUCAUAAAUGUAUUAGUUUAUUGAUUCAUUCAUUUAUGUUUUAAUGCUGUAGCUUUCGUAUCCGUGAGACGCGUGUAGUGAAAUGUCAGGCUUGUGUAACACACACACACACACACACUGUAGCUGUCGUCCUGUCCCAUCACAUCAUUUCGAAAUCAUAGAAGUAGUGAAUCAUAUAGCCAGCCGGAGAGACGACAAGCUGCCCCACACAUUUAAUCAAAUGCAAGGAGAGUUAACUUCCAAGCUCCAGCAGACAGGCUAACUUGGGUUCGUUUGUCUACGUUUUUCUUUUCUUUUUUUAUAAGUUUAUUGUCAAUUAAUUACAAGUACACACACACACACACACACACACACACACACACACACACACACACACACACACACACACGUCGCCAUGCUUCAUCACGCCACUUCGAAACCAUUAAAAAGUAGUGCUAUUACCUACAGUUAAUGAGAAAACCAUCGCCAUAUAUACUUUAGGCCAAGGAGGGUUAGACUUUGACUCCAUUAAUUAGGUUAAUUAGAAUCUGUACCUACACGCAUUUAAAUAUGCUGCCCUUAUAUGACACACACACACACACACACACACACACACACACACACACACACACACACACACACACACACACAACACACACACUACUUAGAUUUAACUAAAGGUUUGCUUAUUAAAUUUAUAGAUGAAAGGUGUCAACGUAAAUACACGAGUUAUUUAUGUUCUGCAGGAAUUUACUCUAAAGCAUAUGCGUGGCUGUGUAUCUGAAGCGUUAUUAUAAUAUUCCUAUGUCGACCAAUUUUGACAUUACAGCAGGGAGUGUUUCAUCGCAUUAAUUUCACUAUUCUACAUAUUGUCACUUAGUUCUCACGUGUGUGUUUUGUCUUCAGUGACGUGUUUGUGCCCUUCUGGCAUCUGUUUCUUGUUAUGGUCUGGGAAAUGUUGGAAACUUAAGAGGAAGGCAGACCGAAUGUAGCGCUUGCCCUGCUGCAGUGGUUCACCUGGUGUAGUGGAUCAUCUUAGCUUCUCUGAGACGUUUUGGAAUAUUCUUAGUUUUUUAUUAUUUUCUGUAAGGCGUCGAGGACAUUAGAGUGUCUUUUGUUAUUAUGUUGUUAUGGAUAUUGUAUUGUUAUUAUGAAUUUGCGGUUAUAUUACUUUCACUACUACUACUACUACUAUUACUACUACUACUACUACUAUUACUGAUAACUCGAAGAUCACAAGCGAUAUACAGUCAGGGUAAUUCAAUUUCGUAUCACCACGUCGAGGCGCCUCUUACAUUGCUUAACUAAGGAAUACAUCACCAUUUUUAUUACCAUUUGACUCUGCACUUUUCAUUCCACCACCGAGGAUAAUGAUGUACUUCGUGGCACGUGAAUGCGUUAAGUCAUGGAAGCACCUGAGCAGGACACAACAUUCCAGGUGAAAACACUGCAUGUGAAACUCGCUUGCAGAGGCGCGUUGCUAUUAAGUCAAUGCGAAAAAAAAGUAUCCCUAGAAACUCGUAACUCCGGUGGUAAAUGUACUAAAUCUCAGACCGCCAUGUUGUAAUUACUUGCUACACGGAAGUCGUUGUGUUUUUUUGCUCAGAAGCGCGUCAGGUUUAGGAAAGAGAGCCAUAUUGAUUUCAUAUUAACUACGUGGAAUCAACUCUCGGCACAUAAGCGAGUGGGAAGAGGAAAUCUUUUUAUAUUUUUUUCACAGAUAUGAACGAUUUAUUUUAGGGGUAGUAAAAUUUAUAAUGAUGGACAUCUCAAUGGACUGAUAUUAGGGGGAAAUGUCUGUUUUUUAAUGUUGUAGUGAACUAGGAAUUUGAGUUUUUUUACUGAUAUGAACGACAGACUUUUUUUUCAGGUAGUAAAUCCAAAACCUCGUCAUGCACAAUAAACGUUUUAAUGAAUGGAUGAAUUAGGCUGGAAUGUCUAUUAUUCUGGUGCCGAAAUGAACUGCGAAAGAAAUUUUAUGCUCUUUCAUCGCGUACAGUAAAUAUAAAUCACGUAUUUCAGUGAAUAUAUGAGUUAAGCGGCUUAAUAUACGAGUUAUAUAAGAAUGUAAGGUUUUUAUAUUUUAGGUGUCGAGGCGAACUGACGAAGCGUGAUCAAUCCACAUUAGUUUUCCAGGCGAGUGAGCGGCGGGGGGAGUGAGGCGGGCCAGAGAGGCGGUGGGGCGUGCGGGGGUCCAGAGCUCGGCUCCCAAACUCACGCGACGCAGCGGAGUUUGUUCAUCACUGCGGCCUUCCUUCCCUUGUCACGCGUUAUAACGAAGGUAAAGAGGGAGCCUGUGACUGCCGGGGAGCAAAGCAGAUAAGACAAAUAAUGUGCUGGUGGUAGCGGUUGUGAUUUUACUGGUGGUGGUAGUAGAGGUAGUGGUGGUGGAAUAGAAGUGUGUACCCCUUCAUUAGAUUACGUCUUGUCUUCGUCCCCACCUGCGCACAUACACACACACACAUUGACACUCGUUUACUUUCCGCUCCAAUAUUUUCCAAGAAGCCUAAGUAUUAUUGCCUUCAUCGACCAGAUGUAAACUAACAUAUAUCGAGGAAGAGUCUCUCUCUCUCUCUCUCUCUCUCUCUCUCUCUCUCUCUCUCUCUCUCUCUCUCUCUCUCUCUCUCUCUCUCUCUCUCUCUCUCUCUCUCUCGACUCAGUGAUCGACCCCGCAGUUGUGACGUCAAGGAAAACCUUGUAUCUUUCUUUGGACUUAGGGAUAGUGAAGACUGAUCAUAAAGGAAGCCUGCAUCACGUCAACCUCAGGAAGCCUUAGAGUACAGAGGGAAAGUGAUACUCGUUUGUUUAUUAAUGGCAACACGAGAGGCGGUUAUUUGGCGUCUCCGCGAAGUGAAUGUAGUUUGCAAAGGGACAAUGCAAAUGAGGGUAAUCUUUUCCAGUAACUGUUGAUAAUCAUUCAUGUACGUAAAUAGAGUCAUUAGCGAGGUGGUGUAAAUGGACGAACCAAUGGAAAGGUCUUUUUUUUUUUUAAUGUGAAUGUUGUUGUAGGUUUUUUUCUUGAACAUUUAAAUGGGAAAUGUGACUUUUUUCUAUAGUAUAUUUAUGGGGUAGGUGCCAAUGUGAUGAGCUGAGUUACGGAAUGACCUUGAGUAGCAUAGCAAGUUUACAGAGUAGCAGUACUUUACUCACAGCUGGUAACAGUAGUAAGUACCGUAGUGGUUUUUGUUAGUUACCAGCAUCAUCCAAGGUACGUCAUUUUUGUUCCACGUUAACACGUCAUAGAUGAGUACUCCAAUGCUGCUGAUGAUGCUGGUAGCCUUAGAUCUCUUGUACUACUUAACUAAUCUCUCUUGAUAUAUCUUACUACCAUGAAAUACAAUAAUAUGUUUAAGGAACAUUAAUGAUAUGCAUAUUCGUGUUCUGACCGACACUCAGUAGACACACAAAACAUUUUAUUGAUCCUGUGAUGAAAGACGUAGUGGAGGGGAAGCUAAAUUAAUUAAAAGCUCAAUCGACUCUUUCACAGUGGGCAAUAAUUGACUUUAAUUAAAUUCACGUCAAGUAAUUAGUUGAGAACGGUAUCAGUAAAUCAUAGUAUAAAGUUGCAUGUACCUUCUAUACGGUAACACACUUUACCAAUAAUGAUUUAUAAAUACCUCUAGAGACCGUACCUGUAGAGAACGUCUGUACAUACUUAACAGUGUAAGUGUAGUCGUGGCGCGGCCAAUACCACUUGUAAUGCAUUCCACUCAUAAUUUUUUUUUAUAUAUACGUAUACAAGCUGCUUUCUAUACUGGCUUGUCCGAGUGCACGUUUGCGGAAGUGUGUGAGCGAGCAUGAAGGAAAUUAUUUGUAUGGAUUUGAAGCACCACGCCAAGAAGUGACCGUGUGGCACCAAGGCUGUUAUAGUUGUGUUUGUAUUAGGUGAAUAAUCCGGAGGUUGGACAAAAGGUACAUAACGCUGGACAUGGUGGAGGUGUAAACGUUGCCAAGAGAGCGUGAGGGAGUGAAGGAGUAAACACGUGUAAUAUGUACCGUACCUGCGCUGCCAAAACGUGUUAGGUGUUCGUUCCGUCACGCCUGUAACCUCGGGCCGGGUCUUCUUAGUUACUAAGGAGGAGAAUCGUGUUUUCUUACAGAUAUUUAUUCCUCAAGAAAAGACAUUAUAUACGUUUACCUCUACUACUUUCCCUUUUAAAUAGUGUUAAUUACUAACAUUAAAAAAAAAAGGUGUUUUCCAGAGAGAUACAGUUCGCUCUCUUCUUUCUCUUAAAAAGACAUUAUAUAUAUACUUCCUAGACUUGUUAUGUACUUCCUAGACUCGGCAUGAAGUAGCGGAUUGUAGGGUCACUACUGGCCGGCACGAGUUACGAGCUGUAACUACAAAACACGUAACGCAGCAUUUUAAUCAGUAGGUUAUAUGCCCACAGUGGUCACUCGUUGCCGGGAACACUGGCACAGCACCUCCCAGUGUUGUGGGUUCACCGGUGGCCACUGGGCACCCCUAGAUCUCUUAGUGCAUGUCAAGGAAAACUCCAUAUGUUGCUGAUGACGUACUGGUAUAAUUUACUGUGAUAAUAUUUAGUUACUAACAAAAAGUAUCCGUCACGUGUUUAGAAGCAUUUUGUAUUACAGUAUGCAAAUUAGUGUGUGUGAAAUUUGUUCUGACUUUUUUUCUUCUUCUUUUAUUCAAGUGCCUACAAAGUUUGCCAGCGCCUGAUGCUUUCCCUCCCAGGACAAUCUUCCUCUCGAGACAAUCUCUGGCGAUAGUCUCUCUUAGCAAUUAUGAGUCUGCUCACCCAUUUUAAUUCUAUAGUUUACAAGUAUGUUUAUUUUUUCUUACAAGUAGUUAGUAAUACUGACAUUGUUGCUCCCAUCCAUCAGGACAUCAGGAAAUACGUUGUAUAUAUUUUAUCAAAUAUUUAUCAAAUACAACAUUAGAAGAAUUC